UUCCAUCUGGCAGCCGCCUCUAACUUGUGCUCUCGUUUAUUUUCAUGCCUGAUUCACCUGCGCUGGAACUCGACUCCCCCACGUAGCGAUGACCGUCUGAGUCUGGCUGAGUUUACGCUAAUCUGCCGUGCUCUGUUCCGUAAUGACAAGGGUCACAUCUACGAUGUGCCACACGAACGCCUCGAGCAAAUAUUCGCUGUCUUUGAUAAGAACGGCGAUGGCUUUAUCGAUAGGGAGGAGUUUAAAUUUUGCUGGAAUCAAUGGAUAAAAACGAUUGUGCGACCGGUGAACGCGUUUCUCAUUGUUGAUGUACAAAAUGAUUUUAUAAGUGGUUCCUUGGAUAUAAGUAAUUGCAGUGCACAGCAGCAAGGACACGAGAUACUGGAGCCCAUCAACAAGCUGCUGGACACGGUGGACUUCGAUGCGGUCUUCUACUCCCUAGACUGGCAUCCCAGCGAUCAUGUUUCAUUUAUUGAUAAUGUCAAAAUGCGACCCAUGGACGAAUCGUCGGCGUUGGAUGCCGAUUCGGCGAAGGUCUUUGAUACGGUCAUCUUUGCCGGGCCGCCGCCGAUGAAGCAGCGCCUGUGGCCGCGUCACUGUGUGCAGGACUCGUGGGGCGCAGAGCUGCACAAGGAUCUGAAGGUGGUCGAUCAUGGCAUCAAGGUGUACAAGGGCACCAAUCCGGAGGUGGACUCCUACUCGGUGUUCUGGGACAACAAGAAGCUGUCGGACACCACGCUGAAUGCCCAGCUCAAGAUGAAGGGCGCCACGGACAUCUACGUGUGCGGCCUGGCCUACGAUGUGUGCGUGGGCGCAACGGCUGUGGAUGCACUGUCCGCUGGCUAUCGCACCGUCUUGAUAGACGACUGCUGCCGCGGCACCGACUUCCAUGACAUCGAGCACACCAAGGAGAAGGUGAUUAAGAGCGAUGGCGUCAUUGUGCACAGCAACGAGGUCAAGGCAAUGGCCGAGGGUCGGGAUCGUCGGCCCGAGCUGGGCUACAAGCUGGCCAUGGAGCUCAAGAGUCCCGAUUCAGUGCUAUCGCAGCGCAACGGCUUCAGGCCCAGCUUCUAAAAACCUAAAGGCACAAAUCGAAGACAUCACACAUCGCACAAGCUAAGCAUUCACAAGAGGAACAGCUGCUGCGAACUCUCACAAGAUAUCAACUAGUUUAUAUGGUUAACUUAACUUUAGUGCAUUGCCCCUCAAAUCCAAUAAACAAAACACCUGACAAGUGCCUUUUCUCAACGCAGCUCGGCCAGCUCUUGCUAAACAAUGAAAUGUAGAAUUUCGUAACGUUUUUAAGCGCCUUUUGAUAGCGUACUAAAUACCCUGGAAAUGCCAAUAGUUACCCAACAGUUUCUGUAGAUUGACAGCUUAAGUACUAAAGCCUCUUAGCCCUCUUAGCACCUCUCUGGCAAAUGUUGUAUAUGGCACCUGUUUCAAGUGAAAUCCCAUUGAAAGCCCCAAGUUAAUAUUACGUAGAAAGCAAUUACAAAUGACAUGUUGACAAAAUAAAAUAUAUAAAAUAAACAAAAUGCAUAAACGGAAAA